AGAUUCACGAAAAUAUAUUAAAAUAUAUGAAGAAGAAGCUUCACACAAUAAAGUGCUCCUGAAGUUGGCAAAGUUAGAUUUCAACCUGCUACAGACGCUGCACCAAAGGGAAAUAGGCUGCAUCGUGAGGUGGUGGAAGAGCCUAUAUGUCAAGAAGAAUUUCCCUUUUACAAGAGACAGGAUCGUCGAGUGCUACUUCUGGAGUAUGCUAGCUUAUGAGCUAGAGCACGGAUCUUUUAGGAUAAUAUUUACCAAAGUAAUUGCCAUGAUCACCAUUAUUGAUGAUAUCUUCGAUGUCCAUGGCACAUUCGAAGAGCUGGAAGUCUUUACCCGUGCUGUUGAAAGGUGGGACAUGGAGGUCAUAGACGAGCUGCCUGACUAUAUGCAAGUGUGUUACCGAGCAUUGCUAGAUGUUUAUAGAGAAGCUGAGCACUUGUUGCCUGAGGAAGUAGGAUCUUAUAGCAUAUACUUCGGUAUAGAAUCGAUGAAAGGUAUGGUGAGAGCAUAUUUUGCUGAAGCGAAAUGGUACCAUCAUCAAUAUACCCCAACAAUGGAGGAGUACAUGCAAGUCGCAUUGGUCUCAGGUGGCGGUUUAUUCCUAGCAGCUACAGCCUUCGUAGGGUUAAAGGAUGUUGUAACCAAAGAUGACUUUGAAUGGCUGUUCAAAAUUCCGAAGAUUCUUAGGGGUUGUCAAAUCGUAAUUCGAUUAGUAAACGACAUGGUCACUCAUAAGUUUGAACAGAAGGUAGGCCAAGUGGCUUCAGCCGUGGAAUGCUACAUGAAGCAAUAUGGCGUCACUGAGGAGAAAGCAAAACAUGAACUCUGGAAGCAUGUCAAUGAUGCCUGGAAAGACAUCAAUGAAGAGGCCUUACACCAGACGGUCGUCUCGGCUCCACUACUUAAUAUGAUCGUCGACAUCGCCCGUAUGAUUGGUGUUUGGUAUGAAGAUAUUGAUAUCUACACACAUUCAAGCACCAGGAUGAAGGAUGGCAUUACUUCCCUGUUCAUCGAUCCUUUUCCCUUAGAUAUGUAGCAGUGGAAUUAUGAGAUUCGGGGUCCCCGAAAUAUAUGUUUGAGUGUGUGUUUCUGCCCAUGUGUGGAGUGAAAAUAAAACUUUAUGCAGUGAGUAUGCUUUGUAAUAACACGUGUUGCACAUUUCAUGU